GGGGCCGGUGACGUGGCGGGCGCGCGCCCUUUAUGAGGCCCGGGCCCGCGCCCCCUCGGCCGCAUUUUCCCCGCUCGAAGGUCCCGUCCGGUCGGGUCCGCGCCGUGUGACCCACCCCGUGGCCGCCAUGUCCGAGGAGGGGAAGCUGUUCGUGGGGGGCCUCAACUUCGACACGGACGAGCAGGCCCUGGAGCAGCACUUCUGCAGCUUCGGACCCAUCUCGGAGGUGGUCGUCAUCAAGGACCGAGAGACCCAGCGCUCCCGGGGCUUCGGCUUCAUCACCUACGCCAACCCGGAGCACGCCUCGGACGCCAUGAGGGCCAUGAACGGAGAGUCCGUGGACGGCCGACAGAUCCGAGUGGACCACGCAGGAAAAUCUUCCCGAGGCUCCAGAGGUGGCUCCUUCGGGGGUCGGGGCCGAGGCCGAGGCUACUCCAGAGGCGGUGGCGACAGGAGUUACGGCGGCGGCAGGUACGACAACCGGAGCGGAGGAUACGGUGGCUCCAGGGACUACGGGGGCAGUCAGGGAGGAUACGGUGACCGCUAUUCCGGUGGUUCGUACAGAGACAACUAUGACAACUAGGAUAACCAAGCUGCACACCGACUAAAAAUCCUUCCUGACUCAAGAUCGUCCUUCCAAUGGCUGUAUUUAUAAAGAUUUUUGGAGCUUCGCCGAAACCUUGUUUAAUACAUCUACUUAGGCCUUCCCUUUUAUAGUAUCUCACCCGUUAACGUCGAAAGAGACUGGCAGCUUCCGCCUCAACAUUGCCCCUUCAGACUCUGUGAGAGAGGUCUGUUCCCCCAGGGGUUAAAUGAUUUUGGAAAGGCAGUAUUUAAACCCCGUUGCAAUCUUUGGCGUUGCCAUCCGGGUCUCUUUCAAAGUAGUUGGGGGCUCCGUCUCCCCUUUCCCUAGCAUAGUCGUGUGGUCCCGUUUCCCCCACACAUAUACACGCAAGCUGAACUAAGCUGUGGUGUAUCUGGGGCUUCUUUGGUUUGGUUUUAUUUUGUUUUUGGCUCUUUUUUUUUGUUUUUUGUUUUUACCAUUCCUUUAGUAUGGCAAGGAAGGAAUGCAGCCCAGGGGGGAAUUGGAAAGGCAGACCACCUUUGAUAUGACUAAAGAGAACUGCUUGCUUUUUCGAGCUGCAUUAGGCCAAAAAGAGGUAUUUUUAUUGUACGAUGCAAAUUGCCCAGACUAGAUUUGCAAACUUUCCAUGAGAGGUUCUUGAAAAUGUUUGUUUAUAUUGUCCUUUUUUUACUGGAAGAGAAAAGAAACGCAUACUCCAUUGUAUUUGAAGUGGUUAAGGAACUCCUGUACUCAGUUUUCUGGCUUCACGAAGCCUAUUAAAAAGAUGAACUCUGAAACGAA